AACGCAAAUUUUGUAACUACAGUACCUUAUUGUUGUAAUUCCCUCCGGAGACAAUGCCGUCAUCAACGAAAAACCUCCAGGCGUCGAGAACCCACCCUCCUUGACAUCCGGCACCGCAGUACGAGCAACAUGCAAUAAUGUCGGUGGCAGAGAUAUUAACCUGCUUUUCUGCUUUGGUCGCAAUGCAGAUACGAUCCGAAAUUGCAGCUGCUGUUGAGAUAGCCCAGCACGAGCCGCAGUUCGCUUGGUCACGGAUGGUAAAUAA